AUGAGAGAGCUAAGGCCAUUGGUGCACCUUCUGUUGCCUCUGUGUGUGCAUUGGGUUGCUGAAGAAAUGACUGUUUCAGUUCUGGUCGACGUCACCACUAAUGCCCUUUGCCCGGGACAGAACACUUGCCCUCAAGCCAUCUACAUUAAUGGCAUCCAGCAAACUGUAGUCGGCAUAUUCAAGAUGAUAGUUCUUCCACUCUUGGGUCAGUUGGCGGAUGAGUACGGACGAAAACCAUUGCUUCUUAUCACUGUAUCCACCACAAUUGUUCCUUUCACUUUACUUGCCAUUGAUCAAUCAAAAGGAUCUGUGUAUGCUUAUUAUGCUAUCCGGACCAUUUCCUAUAUCAUAAGCCAAGGGAGCAUCUUUUGCAUUUCUGUUGCUUAUGCUGCAGAUGUUAUUGAUAACAGUAAAAGGGCUGCUGCCUUUAGUUGGAUCACAGGCCUUUUCUCCGCUUCACAUGUUGUAGGUAAUGCCUUAGCGCGUUUUCUUCCCGAAGGAUACAUAUUUGAGGUGUCAAUAGCUCUAUUGAUCUUUGUUCCUGUUUAUAUGGCACUUUUUCUGAAAGAAACAGUGGGACCAACUCAAAAAUCAGACCAGCACAUCUCUUUCUUUAACAAGGCAUUGGAUAUUGUUAAAGGAAGAUAUUAUGCAAUGAAGUAUGCUGUGCAUGUUGUUACCAGCAGUUCAACGCUUAAGCGCAUUUCUCUUGUUUCCUUCUUCUAUGAAUUGGGGAUGUCUGGCAUCAGCAGCGUCCUAUUGUAUUACUUGAAAUCAGUUUUUGGUUUCAACAAAAAUCAGUUGUCAGAAAUCUUGAUGAUGGUGGGGGUUGGCUCUAUUUUUUCUCAGAUGCUGGUGCUUCCUUUACUCAACCCGUUGGUUGGGGAGAAAUUGAUCUUGUGUGCAGCCUUGCUUGCUUCAAUUGCAUAUGUAACACAGGUGCCUUAUUUGAGCGCAUCAUUUGGAGUCAUUUAUAUCCUUGUCAAACCUUCCACUUAUGCAGUUAUAUCCAAAGGAUCAAACUCGUCAGAUCAGGGGAAAGCACAAGGCUUUGUUGCUGGUAUUCAAUCGGUUGCAAGUCUGCUUUCACCACUUGCAAUGAGUCCUCUCACAACAUGGUUUUUGUCCAGCAAUGCACCGUUCAACUGUAAAGGUUUCAGCAUCAUAUUUGCAUCUCUAAGCAUGGUUAUCUCACUGUGCUUCGCAUGGAUGCUAAAGUUAGAUCACAGGGAAGACAUUGAAACACCACUACUAUAA